GUUGGUUUCUUCCAUCUUUGAAUAGUCACCCCCCCUCCCCUUCCCGUUCAGUUGGUUUCUUCCAUCUUUGAAUAGUCACCCCCCCUCCUUCCCGUUCAGUUGGUUUCUUCCAUCUUUGAAUAUCCCCCCCUUCUUCCCGUUCAGUUGGUUUCUUCCAUCUUUGAAUAGUCCCCCCCCCCCUUCCGGCAGAUCUCCACCCCCCGUUCAGUUGGACUCUUCCGUCUUCCGGCAGACGUCCACCUCCCGUACAGUUUGACUCUUCCGUCUUCCGGCAGAACUCCACCCCCCGUUCACUUGGACUCUUCCGUUUUCCGGCAGACGUCCACCCCCCGUUCACUUGGACUCUUCCAUCUUCCGGCAUAUCUCCACACCCCAUUCAUUUGAUCUCUUCCGGCAGAUCUCCCCCCCCCCCCCCCCGUUCACUUGGACUCUUCCGUCUUCCGGCAGGCCUCCACCCCCCGUUCAGUUGGACUCUUCCGGCAGAUCUCCACCCCCCGUUCACUUGGACUCUUCCGUCUUCCGGCAGACCCCCACCCCCCGUUCACUUGGACUCUUCCGUCUUCCGGCAGACCCCCACCCCCCGUUCACUUGGACUCUUCCGGCAGACGUCCACCCCCCGUUCACUUGGACUCUUUGUCUUCCGGCAGACCUCCACCCCCCGUUCACUUGGACUUUUCCGGCAGACGGCCACGCCCCGUUCACUUGGACUCUUCCGUCCUCCGGCAGACCCCCACCCCCCGUUCACUUGGACUCUUCCGUCUUCCGGCAGACCUCCACCCCCCGUUCACUUGGACUCUUCCGGCAGACGGCCACCCCCCGUUCACUUGGACUCUUCCGGCAGACGGCCACCCCCCGUUCACUUGGACUCUUCCGUCUUCCGGCAGACGUCCACCCCCCGUUCACUUGGACUCUUCCGGCAGACGGCCACCCCCCGUUCACUUGGACUCUUCCUUUCUCCCGCGAUGUCUGCCCCGGCCCACUACAACAUUCAGCUCGUCAACUGCGCCUCGCUGGGCGACUUCGAGCAGCAGCUUCAGGCCGCCGCCGCCGCCGCCUCCUCGCACGAACUCGCCGAGACGGCGAGCGUCGUGGAGGCUGCUGAGGCAGCUGCAGUGGCGGCUGCUGUGCAUGCAGAGAAUGAGACGACGGUGGUGGAACACGUGGAGGUCGUGGGGGCGGUGGGACAGGAGGAGCUCCAACGAGUAUGGGACCGUGCCUCCACACUGAUGCUCAUCAACGUCUACAAGGAUUUCAUCGCAAAGUUCAACAGCCGCAAGUAUCGCAAGAAGACGCUGUGGGUCGAGAUCACGGAGCAGCUGCAGCAGAUGGGACUCAAGUUCCAGCCGGUGCAGGUGGAGGGCCGCUGGAAGACUCUGAACGCCGCGUACCGCAAGGCGCUGGUGCCGGUGCGUCGCUCCACGUCGUCGUCGUCGGCGGCGGCUGCGUCGGAGCGCCGUUCCUGCUGCCUCUUCUUCAACGAGCUGCACGGCAUUCUGGGAGACAGGGCGAGGGCGGCGGCGGCCGCUGGUGGCAGGGCCGGCGGGGAGGGCGGCAACAUGGCUGGCGCCGCCGGCGGUGGUGGUGGGCAGUUUGACGAUGGAGCGGUCUCCCUCAUCCCCGUUGACGCCCCCCCCACGCGACCCUCCCCCUCCUCGUCCCCUCACGGCACCUCGGCCGCGGCCGCCUCUGCCGCCGCCGCCUCGGCCGCCGCCUCCUCCUCCUCCUCGGACUCCGCCUCUCACCCCGGCCGCUUGGGCCCGAGGCUCGCCGGGGGAGGGCCGUCGGCCGCCCGCGGCCUCAAGCGACGGAGAACGUCGGGCCGGGCCGGCGGCGGCGCCGGCGGCGGCGUCGGCGGAGAACCCUCGGGGGCGGCGGCGGCGGCGGCGGGCGACGAGGCCGCCGGGCAGGAGGGCCCCGACGAGGUGGUGGUGGUCGGGCUGGGCGACGAGGUGGGGGCCCUGCUGCGGGAGAUCGUCGCCGAGCGGAGGGAGGCAGAGAGGCGGCGGUCGGAGCUGGCGCUGAGGAUGCACCAGGAUAGGAUGAAGGCGCUGGGGGCGGUGUUGGAGGUGUUCAGGGGGAGAGAAGUUGGCCGUCUAACGUCUCCGCUGGACGUGGCGCUACGCAGGAGAGAAGUUGGCCGUCUAACGUCUCUGCUGGACGUGGCGCUACGCAGGAGAGAAGUUGGCCGUCUAACGUCUCCACUGGACGUGACGCUACGCAGGAGAGAAGUUGGCCGUCUAACGUCUCCGCUGGACGUGGCGCUACGCAGGAGAGAAGUUGGCCGUCUAACGUCUCCGCUGGACGUGGCGCUACGCCAGGAGAGAAGAGAGAAGUUGGCCGUCUCGUCUCCGCUGGAUGUGGCGCUACGCCAGGAGAGUAGUUGGCCGUCCAACGUCUCCGCUGGACGAGAGAAGUUGGCCAUCUCGGAGUCGGCGCAGUCGGCGUUGGACGGCCGGGGCUGUGGAACGGGCGAGGGCCGAGCUACCGUGGGGGAGCGUGGAGCGGACGACGGCCGUGGAAGUCGUGGUGAAUGA